GCGGAUUUCUCGGUCCCCGGUAGAUUGAACCAUGAGGAAAUCGGUGAACCGUCAGACGACGCCGGAUGUGGAGGAGAGUCAAGAGAAGGAGCCCAGUUUUCAGGAGCUCAUCAGUAUCGAGAUGAUUGAGAGCGGUGAAAAGGAGCGGUUAAUAGAGCUUUUGAGGGAGAGGCUGAUUGAGUGUGGGUGGAAGGAUGAAAUGAAAGCUCUCUGCAGGUCAUUUAUAAAGAAAAAGGGGAGGAACAAUGUUACUGUGGAUGACCUUGUACAUGUAAUCACCCCGAAGGGCAGAGCUUCAAUUCCUGAUUCCAUAAAGGCGGAGCUUUUGCAAAGGAUUCGUACAUUUCUGAUGUCAGCAGCUCUUUAAAAAGUACCAUCCAUGGUCUUGUAAUUGUGAAAUUUUAAGAACAUGAUGAAGCUUUUGGGAAUCAAACUCAUUGGAAAACUAGUUCAGACUUCAGAAUUGCAAAAGUGCCAACAUAUGCUCAAUUCCUUGGAGGUAACUGUUUUUACUGGGAAGUAAACUUUAGGCUUCCGAAUUGUAUCAGUACUACAGAAAGCAACCUACCUAAUAUCACAUUAUGGUUUGCAAUAUUACAUUUGCUAGUUUUUAACUGAUCUACUGACGUGUUGUUCCUUUCCAUGGUGAUCAUUGAUAUUCAUAUAAAACACUUAAACAUGUUUUUUCUUCUUCUU